GUAGAGUGUAGACCCACAGAUUAUUUUAUGUAAUAUCUAUGACUAUACCUUUCUCAUCAGAUGACCAGAUUCUAGUCUAUCGUCUACGGUCGUUAGAUUUCGAUAUUUUUACGUUGGCCAUAUUUAUAACCAUGGUUUAAAGUAUCUUAAUUUAUGCUGGUAACCUACAUUAUCAAUUUUAUGGCGCAUUUUUUCUUCAUCAAAACAAGAUUUCUAAAUUCCAAAAGGCAAAAUACCAGCUUUGCAAUUGAUGACUGAAUAGUAUUUAGCCACAGAGGCUAAAUAUCGUAGUUCCUAACUUAAUCUCUAUGCCUUCUGGAGUUUCAUCUUUAUUCAAUAUAAAUUAACUACAUUUUGUGAACCGUAUUUUAAUUUGUAAUCAAUAUUCGCUUGUUACAGUGAUUGUUAUAGAAUGAAUAUAUUACAUCAUGCUCAAAUGUGAUUUACAAUUGUGACACUUUCAUUUGUCUUGUUUUUUUUUGUGUUUAAUCGAUGAACUCAAGGCUUUCAUUGUUUAUAUUUUUGUAUUUUAACCAACUAUUAACAAUUCACUAAAAAAUGUCUGCCUUUCCCCACGUUAAAGGUUAUAAAAUAAUUAAAAAUAUUGGAAAAGGAAGCACGUCAACUGUAUACUUAGCUCACACCAAGGUAUGUACAAAUUAUUAUUAUCUAUAAUAAAUUAUAAUAUUUUUGUCAUAUUUGCAUACAAUUUGUAACGAUCUGGGAUGUCCAAUUAAACAAUUUAAAUAAUAUGUUUGUUGAUUAUUGCUUAUGAGUUAAAAACCUCCUAUAGUUAUUAAAUGUUACGAUUAUACAGUUAUACCUUGUCCAUCAGUAACUUUUUUUUUUUUGCACAAAUAUGACUGAGGAAAUUUAGCAUUACGAAAAUAUCCUAUAACAAAUAACAUUUUAUUAGAUUGGAGUCAUUUUGAAUGAUUUAUGUGAUUUAUUGUACUAGUAUAAUUACGGGAAAAAUCUAGUUUAGCACCCUCUCGACAUUUUUUAUUUUUUUAAAAUAUUAGUUUUGAAGUUGUAACAAUUUAAAGUUUGGAUAUUAUGUGUGUUAUGUUAAAUUACCCAAUAUUGCUAAGUUUUUCUGUAUGUCUAUUGUAGUCUAAUGGAGAUACAUACCUGUUAUCCUAGAGAUUGGAAGUUCUUGAAUACAAUAACUGACAGUUUUUUUGCUCUUUCUUUCCAAUAUUUUAGAUGUUUUGUUUGCUUUAAUAUGUAAAAAUCCAAAAUUUCCUCAGAUUUGUUAACAAAACCACGCCAAAUGAAUUUCAUGUGUAUCUGUAGACCCGGCGGGGUCACUCGCUCACUUGGACUAUAAUGAUAUCCAAAUUUCAAAUAGCUAUAACUUUAAAACUAAUGAUUUUCAAAAAAAAAAAUGCAGAAUUUCUAUAUUAGAUUUAUACUGAAAUUACAUUGAUUUUUAUCAUUUAAUUUUUUUUCAGGACGAUAUUUCAAAUAUGGUUGCUAUAAAAGUUAUAGGGCGUAGUAAAUUAUCUAAGAGUGCGGAAGAUGCUGUUGUAACUGAAAUAGGUGUAAUGAAGAAAUUAAAACAUGAAUAUAUUGUUCAAAUGAUUGAUUUUGUAUGGGACUGUAACAACGUUUACAUUAUACUAGAGUAUUGUGAUUGUGGUGAUUUGUCAUCAUUUAUUAAAAAGCGCUCAAAGCUCUCUGAAAGAAUAUGUCGUAAAUUUAUGCAACAAUUAGCCUUAGCCUUACAAUUUUUAAGAUCUCAUAAUGUUUCUCAUCUUGAUCUAAAACCUCAAAAUUUACUUUUAAUGAGGACACCACAGCUAACUCUCAAAGUUGGAGGUUUGUAAACCUAUUAUCAUUUUACAAAACUUAGUUUAAUUUUAAAAGUUGCAUUGUUAUUCCCUUUUGUACAAUCAUUGUACUCCAUAUGUUUUUAAGAUAUAUAUUUUACUUAACUUGUUUUUAUUUUUUUAGAUUUUGGUUUAGCAAAAUUUAUGAGUGAAAAAACCCAAAUGGAAAAUAUUCGCGGAUCACCUUUAUACAUGGCUCCUGAAAUGUUACUUCAUAGUCGAUAUGAUGUUAAAGCUGAUCUCUGGUCUGUAGGAGUAAUAGCAUAUGAAUGUAUUUAUGGACGUGCUCCAUAUGCUUCAGAUUCCAUAAAAGAUUUAUGUGAAAAAGUUAAAAAAGUUUUACCAAUAGAAAUACCAUCUAAUCAAGUCAGCCCAGAAUGUAGGGAUUUAUUAAUGGGUCUACUCAAGCACAAUCCAUCUGAGCGUAUGAGUUACAACCAGUUUUUUAAUCAUCCAUUUUUAGACUUGGAUCAUAUGCCUAGUACCGAAUCUUAUGCAAAAGGACUUAAAGCUAUUCAGGAGGCAGUGAAAUUAGACUGUAAAAAACAAUAUAAAGCGGCAUUUUGUAAAUAUUGCAUAGGUCUGCAGUAUUUGAUCCCGUGUUCUCAAAGUAAGAUUUGUGAUAUGAAAAAUAAAUAUAAAAUAUCCUUCGAUAUUUUAUAUUUUAGAUUCCAAGCGUUGCGAGAAAACUAUUGGUUUUACUAAGAUGUUUAUUUCUUUUUUUUCUAGUUUGGGGACACGUUUUUUCUAGUAAACGUGCUCUAAUUUUUAAGUGUAGCAACUUUUCUGAAAGCUCAAGUUGUCUAGAUGGUAUAUAAAACAGGUCAUUUUUUGAUUUUUGACGCCAUUUUUUAAAUAAAAGCCUUUAAGUAGGAAAAAACAUUGGAAAACGUACAAUUUCACGUUUUUAUUAUUUUAUAAUAACACGGAUGACUUUCUACCAAAAAAAAAUAAUUUAAUCGAAAAAAUCACAAGUCACAUUUUGUAUUUACUUUCUUAAGGUUUCAUUGCCUAAACUUUGAGCUUUUAAGGAAUUUUAAUUUUUGGGAGUUUUUUUGCUGUAAUUCGGUUAUAAAUACGUGUAGAGACUUGAAACUUAGUAAUAAAUAGUUAUACUUAUAUUGAUUGGGCUUACCUAGACGUGGUAAAAUAUCCAAAAUCAUUAGACAAUUUUUUUUUUUUCCUUUAAGCAUUGUUUUGAAAUCAAAUUUAAAUGAAAAUACCUUACCAACUUUUCACUUACAACAAUGGCCACACCCGUCCCCAGUAUUAGCUCUUCUUUUACAUAUAAUUUCCUUAAUAAAUUUAAAUAAUACUGAAAAUUAUACUUUGUAAGUUCUACCUUCUAUAAAUAACAAUGACUUAAUACAUACAAAUAUUAAUUAGGAAUAUAUGAAAUUGACUUAAUUAUUAAGCUAGUAUUUUUAAAUAAAUAAGUAGAAUUAUUACAUUGUAAUAAUUAUCAAACACCAAAUAUAAAUACGUAUACAAUGGAUUUUGCUUAAUGUGAGUAGUCUAAUAUGGACAUAAUGGUCUAGUCCCAAUUCUACAUCUGCAUCGUAUAACAAUACUCAUUUUGGUCAUUAUGGGCAACUGUUUAAUGUGGACAAAUGUAACUGGUACUCUAUGUACCUUUUGUGAUGAUUAACUUACUUGAAAAUCUAUAUUUACUUCUUGUUUUUUUAGAUGAAUCUGAUAAAAAUAAAAAAGAAGCAUUCCAAAUAAAACUGAAUGAAUAUACGAAGCGUGCUGAAGAAUUAAAAGCAACAUUGUUUGUGUCAAAAGUAAAAAUUAACAAUGAAGAAACAUCAGAAAAACCUUUGACAUUAUCUAAUGGCGAUCAACAGAUUCCUACAUUAAGUAAGAAAACAUAUUUAUAUUAUGUAAGACACAAAUUUAGUAUACUACCUAAAUUUAUCAUUACUUAUAUUCUUAUACGUUAUAUGAGUAAAUCAUUUUUCUAUAAACAUUAUCAAAUUAAAUUGAUUGACAUUUAGUAAGUUUUCUUUAUUUAGAGACUAUAUUUUUGAAUGAAUGAUUUUCAAUUAUAAAAUGUUAUUGAAUUAUUAUGUUUUUCUUAUUCUUGUAAUUAUAGAGCUAUUUAUUAUUUAAAUAUGGUGAUAUUAUUACUCAUAUUACCCAAGUGUAAUUUGCCAGUAUAAAUUAUUAUUUAUGUUUAUAAUAUUUAUCCUCAAGACUCAUUAGCAUUCAUUUUUAAACAAGGUUCUAAAUUAAAAAAGAAAGGUAAGAUAAUGGGGACAGGUGCAGCCACUGGUGUAGGUGGAAAAUUAGGAUGGUAAGAUAUAUAGAUAAGAAUUUUAUGCAUAUCAGUAAGCAACGAUAAAUCAUUGCUUACAAAAAAACGAUUCUGAUCGGAAUUCAGUUGAAAGUGAUGCUUUGUCAAUUAUAUAUAUGUCAUUUUAUAAUAAAAUAAUUCAAUAGGUUUUAUAUAUUUUUUUUAAUAAAAUUUGUUUAAUACUGUAUCGAUUUUUCCCAUUUAUUUAGAAAUAUAGUAUAAUAUUGUACCGUUUUUCCUACCUCUUUCCCGAUUUUCCCAUAUUUUAUCACGGUUUUCACAUCUUCUGGAAAAAAUUACUUCUUUAAAGUACCUCCAUAGUAACAUUUCCUUGUGGAAACAUUAUUAUCUAAAUGUUUGAGUAAAAUUGCUGGUAGAAAAGUUGUGCAUAGAAAAAAAUAAGGCCGUAAUAUAUUUUAACUAAUACCUUCAUUUUGUAUAUAUUUUUCUGUUUUUUUCGGUUUUUCAAAUUUGAUGAGAAAAUCGAAAAUUGACCCCUUUAAAGUACUUCUCUACAUCGAUUUUCUUUCAGAUAAGGUGCUAUGUGUAGAAAUCCGAGCAAGUAUUUUGGUAGAAAAGUUGCACAUAGAUACAUAAUUAACAUCUUUGCAAAAUCAUAAGCCUCUUCGCUUCACUCAGAAUCUAAAAUCUAAUCUUAUUCUUUUGAUUUCAGUAUUUGAUAUUAAAUUUGUACCAUUAAAUAUUGUUUUAACUGUGUUUUUAUUUUAUAGCAUCGUUAUGUCAAAACACACCCCAAUUAGCUAGUGCUGUAGAAAUUGCCUUAUCUGGUCAAAUGUACUUGGUUGAAGGUCAAUAUGAAGCAGCUCUUGAAAAGUUUAUAAUUGGUUUAGAUUUAUUAGAUAAGCUCUUGGAAAAAGAACCUCCUGGUAUUCGAUAUAAUUUACUUAUCAAACAAGUAAGUUUAUAUUAAGAAACAUGUAAUUAGGUAAAAGCAUAUUAUGAAAGUAUUUGUAUCAUUUAUUCAUUUUUUAGGUAAAUGAUUGGACAACUCAAUGUGAAAAUGCACGAGCAUUAUUGCAGUCAAAAGAUCAAAAAGUUAACGACCAAUCUUCUAUUGAUGUUCCUGAUGGAUUAACAUCAUUAAGUAAAGGUAAACCAGAUAAAAAGUCUCCAAAAUUGUUCAGGGUUGUUAGCAGACUAGUUCUGAGAUCAAACUAUAAGAAUAAUUUAUCACCUGAAAAGAAAUAGGGUUUUCAUUAGUUUAUUGUACUGGUUUUGAAACAAAUCAAACAUGCUUGAAACAUGCUUUCAAAAGUCAUAAAAAAAAAGAGUCCAUGUCUUCUGGUGGCAAUUUUCUUUUAUUUGUUUUAUAAUGUCAGAUAGUUAUAUAUCUGACUUACAGUAUGACAGUAUUACUUAUUGACUACAUUCUACAGGGUAAUAACUGAAUUACAAUUUAAUAUUUUAACAAGUUUAUAAUUCAAUUAUAGAACUGGAUAUUAUUAUUAGUUUUUUAAUGGUUAGAUUACUAUUCAUCUUAAUUUAUCUGUUAUUGUAGAGUUCCUAUUUAUUAAUUAUCUUUCAUAUUAUACUUACAGGGUAUUUCAUAUAUAUGAGUUGCAUUUGUUUGAUUUUAAGUGUUGUAAUUUUUUAUCUAUCAAAAACUUAUAAUUUUAUAUUUCAUUAGGUAUUUUAUUAAAAUAAUUUUAAAUUUCUAUUUAGAAUACUGAAAAAGGUCAUGUUAACCCUACAUUGCAUAUUUUGUUUGUAUCUAAUAUCCAUAGAUAAUUUAAGAUUGAAUAAGAACGAAAAAAAUUAAAUUAAAUAUUUUUUUUGAGAUAUGACCCUGUUAUUAUAAGAAAUGCAAAAACUUGUCAGUCUUAUUUUUAUCAAAUUGAUAAUUUAUGAAAUUGUAUUUUGUAUGUAGUGUAAGGUUUAAAAUAUUUUAUUUGUUUUAAAUGUAACUGCUAUUAAAUAUUUUAAUAAUUGGUAGUAAUGGGUGGUAAUGAAUAAUAAUAAUUGAUCAUUCAUAUUAACCAUCAAAUAAUUUUGUGAAUUAUAUAAAAUAUUUAAAUACUUAUUUUAAUAGUGGGUCGUUUUAGACAAUAAAUAUUAUUUGAAUAACUUAUUCGCAGAAACUAUCCAAUAAUUUUAUAAGUAGUUAUUAUUCAUUGCCCUCCAUCUCUAAAAAUUUGCUCAAUUAAGGUGUUUUUAAUGUGUUAAUGAUUAAUCACAAUUUUGUUAAGUUUUUAUAAUUUUUCUAUACGUUUUUUUUAUUAAUAUUAAAUAAAUGCAUUGUUAAAAGUUGAAAUAUUGUGAAUUGGUAAAAAUAUAUCUAUUUUGUUUCAGAUUCCUGUGUAAUUCAAUGAAUUCUAAUGGAACUUUUAUGUUUUAAGUUUCUAUCCUUUCUUACCUUGUUCACUACAUCGCACAUGUAUUUAUAAAUUUGGUAUUAAGUGUAUUAAAAAUAUUAGACUGUGAUAAUGAUAUAUUUCAAUAUAUAUUGUAUGAUGAUGUUAUUUUAUAAUUUUAUUUAUAAGUAAUGCGUGAAAUGUAAAGUCAUAAUAUAAUGAAACUAUUUUAUUUGAAC